AUGCUCGCCUCGACGCGGCGGUGGUUCAAGCGCAAUCGCACACCUCUGGCCAUCGGCGCUGGUGUUGUCGGCGCCGGCUACGUCGCGACCCAGUAUGUCCUGAGAAAGCUCAACGAUGCGCGCGAGCGCAUGAGCAGUGAUCGCAUAGCCAAAGAGAAUUUGCGACGCCGCUUCGAACAGAACCAGGAGGACUGCACCUUUACCGUCCUCGCCCUCCUACCUACCGCCACGACGAACAUCCUUGAGGCCCUCAAUACCGAAAGGAUCACAUACGAGAUCCAGCAGAUGAAGAGCCCAGCCAACAGAAAGAAGAGCAUCAGCUCUCUCACCCCAUCAACAUUUUCAGAGGUCGGCACCAUGGACGACGAUGGCCGUAGUAUGAUCAGCGGAUUCAGUGUGCAGAGCGAGGGUGGUGCAUAUCCCAGCUUCCUGGCCCCAGGACCUCUACCGCCUGUCGCCGAGGGCGAAUCGGCCGGCGAUGCUUCCCAACAAGAGGCGCCCAAGAAGCCGCGGAAGACUAAGAGACAGCUCUGGGAUGACCUCAAGAUCAGCUCAAUUACCCGUUCCUUCACUUUGAUUUACACUCUCGGUCUACUGACCAUGCUCACACGGAUCCAGCUCAACCUCCUCGGCCGCCGCAGCUACCUCUCCUCUGUCGUCUCCCUCGCCACCGGCUCCGUGCGCGAGGGCGCCAUUGCGCUCGAGAACAACGACGACGACGGCGAUUUUGACGGCGAAGGCCAAGCCUACGGCUCCGAUUUUGAAGUCAACCGCAAGUACCUCACCUUCUCCUGGUGGCUUCUCAACCGGGGCUGGGUAGACGUCAUGCAGCGGGUCGAGUCCGCGGUCCGCCAAGUCUUCGGCCCCCUCUCGCCUCGCGACACCAUCACGUUCGACGCCUUCUCCAAGCUCACCCGCGAGGUGCGCACCAUCAUCGAAGGCUCUUCUUCUUCUGGUGUCAGCACACAAUGGCUCCCCUUCCUCCUCCCGCCGCAAAACCUGGAAGACUUUGUCCUCCGCGAAUCCGGCAUCCUGCUCGACGAAUCCCAGGGUUUCCCCAUGCCCAGCGCACCCACUCCCGAAGGCGAAACCACCAUCUCCCUCCGCCGCCUCCUCGACGAGACUGCCGACCUGAUCGAGUCCCCCGCAUUUUCCUCCGUGCUCGCCCAGCUUCUCGACCAAGGCUUCACCGUCCUCCUCGACAACAAACUUACCGUCGGCGCCUUCGAAACCCCCUCCCUUCCCGCCGCCGUCCCCCCGCCCGCCGUCACCCUCACUCCCGAAGCCGCCGCGGCUGGUGAGGACGUGGUAACCUCCACGACCCUCGUCGCCACUUCCUCCGACCUCCACAACGCGGGACGCCAAAGCAUCGACAUCGAACGCCCCAUCACCCGCGCCGUUUUGCUUCCCAAGAUUCUUUCGAUUCUCACCCGCCAGGCUCACGCCAUCGGUAAUGGUAUGCCGAAUGAGUACCUCCAGGCUAUGGAGGGCGUGAGAGACUUGGAGGGGUUCGCGGCGGUGGUUUAUAGUAGUAAUUGGCAGGCGGAAAUCGCUAGUGAGGAGUAUGCUGGUGUUCCUGCCGCUGCUUCUGCUUCUGCUUCUGCAUUAGCAUCGGCUCCCGCUCCUAGGGGAAGUAGGAGAGAAAGGCCGGAAAGGCCAGUUGAGGAGUCGGCGGUUUUGAUAGAGUCACUAGGUGCUUCUGGGCCGACAGCGGGCGUGGAAGAGAGCUUGGUGGUUGUGGAUCCUAAUCCGGACCCGACGGCCGGGUUCGAUAGUGCGUGGGAGAGGGCGAUGAGUGCGUCACAGCCGGGGUCGAGGGGGCCGUCUUUUGAAGAUAGGAGAUAA